AUGUCAGACGCAGGCCGAGAUUCAGUGCCGCCAGCGCCCACGUUGCGUCAUGCAGAUCCAGACAACACCAUGCGGAUUCUGCUAGCGACGGACAACCACAUUGGUUAUUUAGAGCGAGACCCUAUCCGUGGCCAAGACUCUAUCAACACUUUCAAGGAAAUAUUGCAACUGGCCGUCAAACACGAUGUGAGCAUCCUUCUUGCAAUGUACGGUGGCCGCACGGCUCGUAAGGCUACCUUGGAUUCAACGCCUGUCGAUUUCAUCCUACUGGCUGGCGAUUUGUUUCAUGAGAAUAGACCGUCGCGAGACUGUCUCUACCAAGUCACCGGUCUCCUGCGGCAAUAUACUAUGGGUGAUAAACCGAUUCAAGUCGAAUUGCUCAGCGACCCUAACGAAGGCAAAGCCGCAAGUUAUGAUUUCCCAGCAAUCAAUUACGAGGACCCAAACCUAAAUGUAGCCAUACCCAUCUUUUCUAUCCACGGAAAUCACGAUGAUCCUCAAGGUGCCGGACCAGAAGGGGCGUUAUGCGCUUUGGAUGUGCUGUCUGCUUCGGGUCUCAUAAACUACAUGGGGAAAUUUGACUUGCCGCUAUCAGAAGCGGACGCACAAACCGCAGGAAUCGCCAUAAGACCCGUCCUCCUUCGGAAAGGAACCACGCAUCUGGGUUUGUAUGGUGUCGGCAACGUCAAGGAUCAACGCAUGCACUUUGAACUUCGUAGUAACCGUGUGCGAAUGUACAUGCCUCGCAACAGAGACGAAUGGUUUAAUAUCCUUCUCCUUCACCAAAAUCGCGUACGGCACGGAGCUCAAGAGUCCGUGCCUGAAGGGAUGUUCGAUGACAGCGUGGACCUGGUUGUAUGGGGCCACGAACACGACUGUCGGAUUGUACCAGAGCCGGUAGCAGGGAAACCGUAUUACAUCACACAACCCGGAUCUUCGAUUGCCACUUCACUGGCAGACGGCGAGUCAAUUGAGAAACACGUUGCAUUACUCCAAAUACAAGACAAGGAAUUUGAAAUGAAGCCUAUCCCCCUCCGCACGGUGCGCCCGUUCGUGCUAGAGGAGGUGGUGUUAAGCGAAGCUGCCGAAGAGGAAGACUUCGAAUUGAAUGAUCAGAUCGCUGUUUCCAAGUUCUUGAAAUCACGAGUCAACGCACUUAUUGACCAGGCAAACAAACUCUGGGAUGAUCGCAAUGCCCGAGCCGUCGAGGAUGGAGAUGAAGCCCUGCCUCCUAUGCUUCCGCUUGUUCGAUUGAAGGUUGAUACGACGGGUGUAAGUGAAAUGUCGAACCCCAUCCGGUUUGGCCAGGAGUUCCAUGGACGGAUCGCAAACCCGCGCGAUGUCCUUGUCUUCCACCGUGCAAAAAGAACAACUCGCUCUUCCAAGGUUACGAUUGACCAACCGGAGCUUAGCAUCGACGACCCAGAACUUAGCAUCACCGAAAAGUUAUCCAAGGUCCGCAUGCAGACGCUCGUCAAGGAAUACUUGGCAGCGCAGGAAUUACAGCUUUUGGGCGAGGGCGGGAUGUCGGAUGCGAUUCAAAUGUUCGUAGAGAAAGAUGACUCCCAUGCUAUUCAAACGCAUGUGACAACCGCCUUAAAGGCCCUCAUGAAAGGAGUGCAAGCAAACGGAGAGGUGGACGAGGGCGACCUCGAUAAUGUGCUUGUCAAAGUCAGGGAGCAACACGAAACGGAAUAUGCCGAACGAAGCAGAACAGGAAGGACUGCGAAAGGAAAAGGAAAGGGGAAGGCAAGGGAUGAGGAUUCUGAUAACGCGUCAGUGGAUUCGAUGAUGAUGGAAGUGGACGGUGGCGGCUCGGAUGUGGACUUUGAUGAUGACGAAGACCUGGAUGUACCACCACCAACAAAGAAGACUGCACCAAAAAGAGCAACAACCACCAAAGCCCCUGCAAAAAAGGCACCAGUAAAAGGCAGAGGAAAAAAGGCUGUAGAGAGCGAAGAGGAGGAAGUGAUAGACCUUGAGAGUAUCGAAGAUGAAGACGAAGACGAACCAACCCCAAAAUCGACGAAAAGGACUAAUCGGGCGGCAGUUUUGAGCCAACCUGCCAAGAGAGCUCCCGCUAAACGUGGUGCAUCGUCAAAAGCGAAGGACUCCACACAAUCGACACUCGCGUUUGCCUCGUCAGGGAGAUCUACGAGAGCUGCUGCAUCUAGAGCCAGGGGCAAAAUGGCCUCUACUGCGAGUACCUUCACUACCGUCUUGAUUGCCAAUUCUGACGGUGACCCAGAUUGA